GUCAAGCCAAAGUAAAAUUAAUGUUACUGACUGAAUAUUCUCUGGUAUAAGUACCAGUAGAAUAAUCAGUUUCCUGAUCUGUGUUCUGUCGGCUGUACUACCCGCAGUGAAACGGACUUCACAGCAAAUCAGGACCAAAAAUAAAAACAUAUUUACUUGAUUUCUGCAUCACCAACCAAAUACAUGUUGGGUUCCCAUGACAACGCAAUGUGUACAGUGUGUGGUACUGUAACUACAUGGCUUCAUUCUGUGGUUUUAGUAACGUAUAGCUCAACAUGUUUGCAGAUGCAAUGUUUUCCCUCAGCUGAGAAUCUGUAUUGUUCAUAAAUAAUUGUCAGGAAACAUUUUGCGCUUCUGGAAAAAUGGUCAAAAAUUCCCAUAAACACACUCCUAAACCUUGUGAACAGCCUUCCCAGAAGAGUUGAAGCUGUUCUAGCUGCAAAGGGUGGACCGAUGUCAUAUUGAACACUAUGGAUUAGGAAUGGGAUGUCACUUAUGUUCAUAUGCGAGUCAAGGCAGGUGAACGAAUACUUUUGGCAAUAUAGUGUAUGUAGCUAACAGAGCUACAGCAGAGCUAACGUUAGCAUUUCAAUAUAUGGUGCGUUUAGAUUAAAAACUAAAAAAGUGACAAGUUGAAGAUAAAGGAUAAACACUUGGCCCUUACAGUGAGAGGAUCCAGUAACUAUGUUUUGCUGUUGGGGGCAUUUUGUUAAUACGGUUUGAGUCAUGGAUUGAGUUCUGAGAGAUGGUCUUUAUACUAGAGUUAAGCAUUUCUAUCAUUUCUAUCGUGAAGGAAGUUUUUUUUUUUUCCCCAAGAUGACACUGCCCCCAUCCGCAGGGCAAGAAGAAUCACUGAAUAGUUUUAGUAGUAUCAAAAUUAUGCUUUUUUUUUUUUUUUGCAGAUGAUGAUGUUCUCUUGGCUCCACCGGGCUGUGACCUUUAGCAUGCACUAGGGCAGAGAGUGAAGCAGCUGCUCCACGUUUAAGGCCAGGAUUCUCUGUUGGAAACUGAUUGAUUGCCUCCUCUGGGUUGGGAGUUAGUUGCUGCUUCAAGCGAAGGGAUUUAGGAAUCUCAGAAUCUUGUUCAUGACAGAUGGGGCACGAGAUGGACACAUGGAUUAGUGCAGCAUCUGUCCAGGACUGUUGUUGGGAAGAAGGAAGUGAGCUGGAAUCCAAGGCUCCCCAUUUAUCCAUCGAUCUGUGUUCCUGCGCUCUGGGUGGUGAAAAAAAGAAUGAGGUUGCAGAAACAAGCAGCAGAAAUGGAUUUCGCUCUUAGGGCAGCUGGGCUCAGCUUCAAGGAAGGGUCAGGAGCGCCGACAUUAGGAUGGAUUUUGGAGUCGAAUCACUGCUGCUUCACAUCUUAAGGAGCCAGUUGAGGUGGUUUAGUAAUCUGAUAAGGAUGCCUCCUAGAAGCCUUCCUUUGGUGGUUUCAGGGAAAUCUAAAUCGGAGUAGACCUUGAAGUAGGGUCGAUGUGACAUAAAUUUUGUCAUCUUUCCAAGUUUGUGAGAAUCUGCGCUGACCCCUUCAUGGUUUCCCACAUGUAGCCAAAACAAAACUACUCUACAUGGGCAGUAGUGUGCAUCCUCUGCAGUAAUGUUCAUGCACAGAAAACAUUAAAUUCAAACUUCUCUGCUUGUAUGGAAAGUCCUCCAAGAAAACCAGAAAGUAGUAAAAUAACAACAACCACUCAUCUGUAGUGUCUGCAGCUGAGAGACCGUAAACUCUCCUCUUUAUGCUACUUUCUGGUCUGUUUAAAGGGUGAUCAGAGGACAAACUUGGUGAGAUGACAAAAUUUACAUCAGGUCAAACCUAGCAGACCUGAACAUAUUCGCAGACAUGGAAAGUAACAGUAGCCUAAAAAUAACUAAAUGUCUGUUGUGUCCACAGCGGCCGCAAGGGAGCACAAUCAAAGCUUAACACCGGCCUUACGGGAGCAAACUUAUUCAGCCACACUCAGCUUAAACAGUUCCUCUCCUGAAUGUAUUUUUGGUUUGUUAAGAUUAGAUCAGGUGAAACAGAGCACGUAUUCUUUUGUUUUAGAUUAUCCACUGAGCAGCUGGAGGGCUACAAUUUUUUUUAUUGCUUUCUUUGUUUUUGGGUAGCAUUCAUUGCCCUUUGGCUUCUUCAACCUGAGGAUGCAACACUUAAAAAAAAAAAGUAGAAAUUCUCAUAUAGUAACCUGUGUUCAUCCUAAUGUAGGAAGACAUCAGCCAGUGCAACAAUCUGUCUUACUGUGUUUUGAUGGUUUUUGGACAACACUGGGACUCUAUUUGUCAGAGAGGAACAGACUUGAAGUACACUAUGUUAUGCUCAUUUGAGUGUUUGCUCUCUUUAGACAAUUUGGUGAGAAUAUGUAAAAUAUCACCUGCAAUCCCCAAGCAGAUUCAUUUAGAAAUAAGGAUAACGGCUGACGAGUUAAAAUAGUCAUUCUAUAGGUUUCUCACAGCUAUUUUAAAGUCACACAUAUUUCUUCAUGUGUCUCAUCCUCAUCAAUGUUCUAUAUAUUUUCACUAAAUUCUGUAGAAGCGUAUCUGCUGUUGCAUCAGCCAGCUUCUUUUAAUGUUGACCUCAGUGGUCUAUUUUGCAACGCAACUGUGUCAGCAUAGUGUGUCAACAUUUUCUGAAGAAUUUGCAGCACAGUUGUGUCCAUUCACUUCCUCUCUACUCUGAUUUAUCUUAAUCCCAUUAUGUUUCUGAGCCACUGCAACACAUCCACAAUUUGCACACCUUUCGUUCGUUUAAAAAAAAAAAAAGGGGUAAUAGUAAUGCAAAGCUGGACCGAUCAUGAGCUGCUACAAGUGUGCAGUGUUUGGGUUUGUGUGUGAGGAAGCUGUGUGGUUUGAGUCGGUUGAGAGGUGUCAGAGCUCAAACACUUCCUCGUUGGUCCCAUCAGAGAUCAUCAUUCUCUCACAACCCACCUCACAGCGCAAUGACCUCACAUGUGUCUCUUCUAACUUCAUAUAAGACUCAUCUCACUUAAAGUCAUCGUGUAAAGUUUCUGUGUGAUGCUAAGGAGUUCUGGAGGAAUGUGAAAUUUGGUGAGUAUUUGCAUAUUUGUUUCUAUUUUUAGAUUCUAGAUUCAUUUUCUUGAUAUCCUUCUCGCUACUGCUAGAUAAUAUUUAGAGAGCGUUCUUAUGAACUCAGAUAACAAUCACUCUGUUUAGCAAUUAUUUCCGUGUGAUCAUCGCUUUCUUUGUCAUAAUGAAACAUACGGCUGAUCUCCUUUCAAUGUAAGUCACUUUUCAUGUUGUUUUAUGGUGAAUAUUAGAGUUUAAAAGCAAAACUCUCACGACUAAACAACGUCUAAUUGCCUGUGCUGUUCUGUAUUUGCCAUUUACAGAACAUGCUGACUUCAUCUUUGAUUUGCAACACAAGCUCAUUCUCAAAACACAUUCUCAAAAAAUCUAAUAUAUAAUUGUCCCCUGUUACAAGGCUUUUUCUUUAUGACAGUAUCUUUAUAAGAGUUGAUUGUGUUCACUUGAUUGGACAAACAGCGUUUUGUGUGUCAGCACACGUUUCACAGGACCUGCGUGAGCAAAAUGAGUAACAUUAAGGCUACACUUACAGACUAUGUUUCAUGUUCAGAUCGAAUUUUGGUUUAUUGUCCAUAUUGUGCUUUUCAAUUUAAUAUUUAAUAUCAGUUUGAGCAUGUCAUCUUAUUAAACUAAACGGUACCAAAAUAUAUUCAUGCAGAAGUUUACACAUGAAAUUAUAUUUUUACAGCUUUAUUUUUAGCUUAAUUUAAAUCAUGUAUACUUUGUGCACGAAACAAAGUAAAAGAAAUAAAAGAUGCUUGUACAUGUCAGCGCGUUUAUACUUCAAGACCUCUCUAAAACCUCAAAGAUGAACUCUUCCAUCUUAAUCAUAAAUAUGCGUUUUUCAAGAGCAACAAAUCAUCAAGUUGGAGUUGCAGACCAAAAUGUAACAGAUUUCCAGAAUGUGCUUGAAUUUGUUUGAGUGCAAUACGGAGAUUAUAGUCAUAUUCAUAUCUGUGAUACUAAGUUUAUAUAUAUGAGAAAUAUUAACAUUUCAAUCAUAAAUGACAUGCAGGAAGUAUAUUUACUCAAGUAUCGUACUUAAAUUUAAUUUUUAACUGCUUGUAUCUGAGUAUUUCUAUUUUAAGCAACUUUUUAUAUUGUAUUUUAAACACUGAUUUGUGUGACAGUUGCUAUUAAAAAACCAUUGUUGAACAUUCUCUACUCUUUUGCCGUGUAAAGCCUUAUAAAGUCUAGGUGUCUCGCUUGUUCAUGGUUGAUUGUCUCAAGUUCUCAAUAAAUAAACUUGUUCGAGGCUCAAAGAGCUAAAAUUAUUCCAAAUUCCACAGAGAAAACAAAGAUGAGAUAUGUGAAAGUCCAAAAUAUAAACUUAAAUUUGUCUAUCAAAAUUUAGUUUUUCUUCUGUUCUGCCUCGUAUAAUCAUUUCACAAUCCCACAGAUCUAUCGUGUGACACUUUUAAGGGGCCUCUGCCACAGAUUGGGAACCAUGUCACUAAAUUUCCUGCAUUGAUGGCUGUUGAAGCAGCUCCAUUUCAUCUAGCAAUAACAAUAAAAUCAUAUCUAUACAUCGUUUCAGGACUUUGGGCACUGUGGAUCGUGGCAUGUAUAAUAACAAAUCAGGCACACGGGUUAUUUAUUAGUGACAGAAGUAUUUAGUUUUGACUCUUCCGGUACAUUGUUAUGAUAAUACUUAUGCACUUGAAUGUUCUGCAGGACUUUUCACUGUAAUAUAUUAUUUUUCAAUCAUUAUAUUUCUAUUUUUAAGUAAGUAAAAAGCGCUUCUGAGUACUUCUUUUAUCACUAGUUUCAACUAUGAGCAUGUCACAUAACAUAAAACAUCUAAACUGCUGUUGUAAUAGUUUAAGUCUUUUUAAACUAGAGUUUACGACUUUUGUAAAAUUCUUCUGAACAUGCCACAAAAAUGUAACUUUUUUUGCUUUUUCAUACGUAAUCUAACACCUCAUCCUCUUGGCUGAUCUCCCCCACUGCCCACUCCCAAGUGUGAACACUGAGUCACGAAAUGUGUUGCUGAUAGGUGAUAUUGUGACAAUUCUGAUGUGACUGUUUGUUUCUCACAAAACACAUUCGUAGGAACUUGGUGUUCAAAUGUCACAGUCACAUUCAGGCUGCUGUCACCUGCACUGAAAACUCAGAGAGAUUCUGCCACUACGAAAACCAUCGGUGUGGCCUUUAUUCUAAAUAUGCCAUCCCUAAUAAACUGCGUCUGGAUUCUUUCAAACCGAGUUAGAAAGAAAGAAAGAAAGAAAGAAAGAAAGAAAGAAAGAAAGAAAGAAAGAAAGAAAGAAAGAAAGAAAGAAAGAAAGAAAGAAAGAAAGAAAAAGAUUCUCUGGUUUGAUGUGGACUUAAAUGCUAACUAAUCCUCUGCUGCUUGUAAGUUGAUCAAAUUCAUCACUUUGAUUAAACAUUAGUCAGAGCAAAACCGGAAAAGAAAACGUCAUCUAGAAGUGGAUUCAGGCGGAUGUAGUUUAGAGUCUGAAAAAUCUGUAGGACCCAAACAUCACGGUUUUACUUACAGUCUGAAACAGGUUACGAAAAUCAAGUGUUUUAGGACUUUUAUAGGUAACGUUUAUUAAAUUUUCUAAUAUAUUUGUAAAAUUCAUACAAAUACUGGAUGCAAUAUAUUCAUUUAAUGCUUUAAAUGUAAAUUGCAAUUACUUAAAUAAAAAGGUCACACUAUUAUUAUUAUUAUUAUUAUUAUGUAGUGUAAUCUUUUCUGUUAUUACUAGCCCAUGUCUGCUUACAAGUAUAUACAGUAGUUACACAGAUUCAAGCAGGAAGUAUUGGUGAAAAUAUAGUUCUGCUGCCCUCUUUUGGCAAGUAUAAAUAUCUUUGAUUAUAUUAAAGAUGGUAGACAAAUUAAAAACUAAUAAUACACAAAAGCUAAUUUCAGCUGGUUAAUUUAUUAUAUCAUGUACAAAUGCUGUGUCUCACUGUAUGGAGAAAAUGUGAAUAUUUCAUCAGCGCUGAAUGUAACUGAUUUCAUUUUACAUCCUUUAGAUAACUGGUUCAGGUGUAGAGCAGGUGUUCCUUCCCUCUGAGUGAUGCCUCGUUCUUUCUUGGUGAAGCGAGGAGGGCUGCACCACCUCCGGCCUGCAGCUAGAAGCUCCAGCCCUGGAUCGACCCCGUCCAUGUUCAACCAGCUGGACAAAAACACUGGUUCCUGGGGUUCCUCCUUGGAGAACUCUGCAGAAAAAACAACUGAUAAUAAAGCAAUGUCCAUUGUGUUGCUGCAGCAGGACCUCACUGCCGCCAACAGCUCUCAUGGAAAUGUGCCCUUUCAGCCGUUCAGUCCCAAAUCUUAUGAGUGUAGACCAUCUGAGCCCUGCAGUCCCGUCACCCCAGAAACUUUCAUCCCAGUGGAAAAAAUCAGCUCUCAGCUUCUCACACCAACAGUGUGGUCGAGUCCUCGUGUGAGCUCAGGAUAUCCAGACCUGACGGCAAUGGGUGGCUUUACUGAGCAUGCUCAGAUCCUCAGAGAGACCAGAAACAGCUCAAAGAUCAGUGGUCCAAGACAAGAGUGUCCCUUCUGUAGCAAAGUGUUUUCGUGUCUCUCUAGUUUGAAGACUCACAUGUGUAAGAGUCAUGGAAGCAGAUCUCAUCUGUCAGCAGCACACAUCAAGUCCAGGCGGGUUGAUAAAGAGUGGUCGCCCUUCAGAGGCAAGGAGAAGACCUUUGACUGUGCAGAGUGUGGAAAAGUGUUCAAGCGCUCCUCCACCCUCUCCACCCACCUGCUCAUACAUUCAGACACCCGGCCGUAUCCCUGCCAAUACUGCGGCAAAAGGUUCCACCAGAAGUCCGACAUGAAGAAACACACCUUCAUACACACCGGAGAAAAGCCCCAUGUGUGCCAGAUAUGUGGAAAGGCGUUCAGCCAGAGCUCCAACCUCAUCACCCACAGCCGCAAACACAGCGACGACCGGCCUUACCGCUGCCCUCGAUGCCUCUACAGCUUCCAGCACAAAGUGGACCUGCGGCAGCACCAGGAGCACUACUGCGCCUGCCGCUGACCCCGACACAAGCAAGAAACAGGAAAAACACCUUUUAAACGGGAAGCUACUGACUGUGUUGUUAUCAGGGCCGGGUCACGUCUUUCAUCCAAAGCUAUUUUAGUUUUAGUUUCAUGUGUAAUUGUCUUUUAGGACACAGAAGGCAGGGAAAUAUUCCUCUUUUCCAUUGAAUUCAUGGAUAACUUCAACGUAUUUGUGAAGAAAUUCCAAGGAUUCAGAGUUACUUUUGUGUCGGAUGCAACAUUUUCAUAUUUAUGAUUCAUUGUGUUAAUUUUUUUCUUAACAAUAUAUGAAAAGCUGAGGCAGGAGGCAGAGGUCAUUAUGUGACUUUUAAAAGUAAAACAGAACACAACCAAUGAAUUCAGUUUGUGUUUAUUUCUGCUCCACAGCGCACAGAUUUAACACUGAAGAAAUGGAGCUUUGACUCAUUCUGGUGACACAACAGGAUUUGAUUGCACCUCUCACUCUAACAGCAGCCUGAACAAAUUGUGAAAACAUGAUGUGGUGCAGCAUUAAGUUAAUGAUCAAACUCCAGAUGCUACUUCAACAGCUGUGCGGUUAAGUUCACAAAACUAGCAAAUUAUCACAGCAAGUGAUCACACCGAGUCCAAUAACCAGAGACGUUAUUGUGUUUAUUUACCUCACCACAAAUACGCGGCAGAGGGUUCCUGUCAUGAUUUGUAAAAGAUUUUUCUUGCUGGAAGCUUCAUUUAAUAUCAUUUAAUAUUUUUCAGGUUUUCAUCCCCGUUAUUGUCAGCUUCUAUCCCUCCUGUAGCGACCAGAACAACUGAGAAUGUCAUUGUGCAAGUUUACUGAUUUUGUACAACAAAACUUCCCUGCUAGUCAGGAAAUUUGUCAAUAAACUCAACUGAAUUUUG